AUGCGCGGUACACGCCUAUGGUGGCUGCGGGUGUCUCUUGUGAUUCGUGAUGGCGCUCACACCACACGAAUUGAGACCCUGGUCCGUCGCUGGGCGGACCUGGAUGCAGCGCGUCCAGCCACUCUCACAGGCCUAGCUACGGAGCUAUUGAGGGAGACGAUAGCGUCUCUGCAAGCGCCUGCGCCAGCGCUGACCUCGUCGAGCGUCUCGUUACCCAACUUGGCGUUAUCAUCAUUAUCCAGUCCACCGCUUCUUCUCACUUCACGGGAGAGCGCACAGCGCAUUUGGCGGUCACUUCGGCGGCAGCGGGUACAGUGGCAGGAUGCUAUGGAGCUGCUGCCGUGGCAGCUACUGGCAAUGACGCCGGCACAACGGCAAUUUCUGAGUCCACAUGUUUCACAGACGCCUAGGAGGGUCAUCAAUCUUACUUUAGCUGCGUUGGACAUGCACGAGGACGCAGCGCUGGUGCAGCAGUACCAGUCUCUGAAGCGCACCACCUACAUGGUGGAAUAUGCGCGUCUUGUCUCGGCGGCUCUGCGAGAGCGACCUUCACUGCCAAGCGGGUUACUGCCAGUCCCUUACGGUGUGAUGCUGCAUGGUUACACGCUUGGCCGCCGCUCUCCACAAGACGCGAGGAUGGCACUGGCGAUAAGCAAGCACAUGACGCUUCUGGGUCGGGCGGCACUGACGCGUGAGGCGGAGGAGUGCCUAGUGCUCAGUCACGCGCGCCUUGAAGGUUUCACAGGCCAGUGGCAGUCUGCGUUGGGCAUUGUGCGACACAGUCGCGCGGUGCGCCUCUCCGCGCGCGAAGGCGUGGUGCGUUACGUCCGGUCACUGAUGACGCGACAGACUGAUGCUCGACACACUACCGCUGCGCCGCUUGCACAAUCGCUUAGUUCCUUGGUUUCCAAACACUGCAAUGCUCCGGCUGGCUCUUGGGACAACAGGACCGCGCCAGCAGGGCUUGCCGCCAAAGUUCCGCUGCGCCACGAAGACGCCUCCACUGACUGGGUGAACGCUCUUCGCGCGUUUCUCGCAAAAGAACCGCAGGCGCAGACUUACCCCAGCGCUCUUCACCUGCUCGAGAGUCUACCGCCGGAAGUGAGGGGUGACCGCGCGUACCUCUUGUUGGCCUCGACAGUGCUGCACUGCAGUGCGCGACGCAUGUACGCAGGGACCUUGACUCGACGAGUCGUAAGCUGCAUCACCAGCGCAGAUUGGACCAUGGCGCUAGUGUUGGCAUGUGCGGCGCAGUGCUAUGACGUGGCCGCGCCGCUCAUUCCUCUUGUAACGAAGAGCUGCAGCCGUGGCGCGGCCGGUGUACGCGACAUCCCGCCGGAACUGCGUGCAUACGUGAUGACAAUGGAGGGCUUAGAACAGGAAGAAAGACUGGCCGCGUCGGCCUCCGCGUUUCUAUCUGACACGGCAGCCGCAACUCUCACGUAUCCUGAGGCACUCGCACACGCACUAACGGCCACGUCGCCCGCCACAUGGCGGACUCUUCUGCUCUUCUGCCCCCACGCCGGUCCUCCGUCGCGUCUGCGCUACUUCCUACUCGCUGCGUGCGACGAGAGCAGCGGCGACGCCACCGUCUUCAAGCGCACCAGCGAGAACUCAUACACAAGGUGCCACAUCGAGUGUUGCACGUUCCAAUCAUGUGCGGCCUCGCGACUUGUCUGCGCGGCAGCAGAGCUGCGUAAUCAGCAGUACUUUUUCAGGGUUAUCCCUGCCUCGGUGCGCGCACACCAUUUCGAGUAUUCGCCGUUGACGAACGCGCCAACACUAGAGCUGAAGUCAGAAGCAGAGCCACGAGCUGUUUCCGCUGUCACCGCCGUUGACAGAACAAACGCUGCUGUGGCCCUUUCCAAUUCGGUAACCGGGGCGCCGGUGGAGCCGACAUUGCAGGUGCAGUCUACAAUGCUGGCAAGGGUACGGCUGCAAGCCUGGGGGAAUCAAACGGCAAUGACGGCAGAAAAGUGCACACAGCUUCUGGCGGACGUGUCGCUCUACCUCAGAGCAACCCACAUGGUUGAGGGUGUCGCCCUAUCCGCCCGCCAAAAACCUCGUCUCACCGAGGAGGUCUUUCUCAAGUCGAUUGCCGCCCUCGCUGCGAGUGGAGUGGUGCAACUUCCGUCCACAGAGCGCUUUCACUGGCCACUCGCAGUGUUCCAGGCAGCAAGGCUGCUGCGUGUCCCAGUGGAUGCCUCUCUCAUGGUCGCCGCGACACGCACGAUUCCAUCGAUGUUUGUAGAUCGCGCCAGACUGGCUCUGCCCUCCAUCCUCGGUGCCCACACGCUGCUAGGUGACUGGAGAGCUGGGUUGCAGCUCUGCACGCGACUGCUGCGCAAAAAGCGGGAUGGCGAGCUUGAGAUCGAUGCAGACCCACUCCACGCAGGGAAGCCUCAAACGCACAGGUUCACAGCACCACCACCGACACUUCUAGAGGCGAUGGCCCAGGUUGGCUACGCUUCCCCCCCAGCGGUAGCGGUACGCCACUGGAAAACGCUGGAGGCUGCCAGCUCCUCCACUCUCACCUUGCCGCAGAACGAGGGGCCCUGCCCACUUUCCCUUUUGCUGUUGGAAUUGCAGCAGUUCCAAGAUGCACGGCAGCUCUGUGAAGAGGUACGCCACGUGAGCGAGCGACAACUCCAGGGAAGCACUCAGCGAAAGCUCAAUUGCCUGUCGCGUCGCCGGAUGCUGCUGGGGGCCGCUUUUUGUCUACUGAACAGCGAGGCUGCGCUGCGGCGCGUGUUGCGGGCGUCGAGGAAGGAGAAGGCGACCGCGACAGACGUGGACGCGCAUGGUCUCCAGCGCCUGUUGCGCGUUCUGAAUUCCACGGAUGUAGUGCAGGUUCUCGCCGCAGAGGCGCGCGAGGGGCGGUGCGCGCAGGAGCACUGGCUUUGUGAGAAAAUGAGCCGCGCUGACGUCGCUGCCGACGGCGUCGGCUACCUCGCGCGGCUUCGACCGUUUUCCACGACUCUCUCUGCGCUUCUGUUCUUCCGGCAGGCUGCUGCGGCCCACAACGCGGUUGGGUGCCUCAAGGGACUGGUGCGGCUGGCGGAGCGGGCGAGCGAAUGCCCUUAUACAGAUGUGCUGCUGCUGUCGCUGCUGCGCCUGUUGCGCCUUUUUCUCUCUCACGAUGGGCUGCUCUCAGCGAGCGUGGUGACCUGUGAGUUGACGGAAGGCAAGACACCUGUUGCACUGCCGCAUCCCACUGCUUUGGCGCUGGCUCGCAAGCUCUUCAACAGGAUGCAGGAGGUACAGCGACUGAGUCUGCCUCUUAAGGAUGCCCGCCGCGUACUUCGCCAAGCAAGCGUCACCCAUCUCCCUGUGGUUCAUACUGUUGCUGAGGGUACUGGUGUUGCCAGUACAGCCAAGUCUCCUGUAGCUCCGUGCGCCGUGUGGGUGGUGCUUGGGGUUCUGCACUCGACUGUAAGCAACGUCCUUCAAGUGCCCGUGCCGGCAUCCUUCACGUCUCACCUGCUUUCCCGUGUUGUGGAGAUGAACGGGUCGUCGGAUUGGUGGGCUGCCUUGCACUUCUUCAAGAAUCUUCGCCAUCCGACUCUGCAGGAACGCGCGUUGCUUGUACGCGCUUUCCGUCACUGUGGCGGCGCUGCAACGCCGAUUCUCCUCGCUCACCGCCGCUUUCUACGCGACUGCCCUGAGCAAGUAGUUGUAUGGGCCGAUGAGGCGAGCGGACCGUCGAAGUGGCUGCAAUCUCUGGCUCUUCUUGAGCAUGCGCAGAAUUUGGAGCGGCGCUCGACAGCAGCGGUGGCGGAGACGGAGCCGGACACAGGUAGCUCUACUGAACCUGCGCCGGCGCCGGCAUUGCUACUCUCCGCGGCGGUGGUGAGCAUCAUUCAUAGCUGGAAUGCUGACGAGCGACUGCGGUGCGGCGAGCUUCUCCGGCGGCAGGGUUUUAUCGAAACGGAGCCCACGAAGAACGGCAAGUCGCUUGAUGACGCGCGUGUGAAGAAGAUGGCGGAUACUCGGGCUCAGCGGCAGACAGAGGCGAUUCUGAAGCUUCUGAGGGAAAAACCCUCUGUCGCAGUGCCUUUCAGCAAUGCCUCGCCACCGGUGUUUAAUGCUGCUUAUCCCGGUAGGAGUGCUGGGCAUCAGAAUCGUCAAUGA